CACACUGUUUGUGUACUCCCCACCUUGUAUUCUAUCUUCUCUACAGGUUGGAGUGCGUUUAUUUGGCGAGAGGUUCAAGGAUGGGGAGAGCACCGUGUUGUGACAAGGCUAAUGUGAAGAGAGGGCCAUGGUCUCCAGACGAAGAUGCAGUCCUUAGAAACUAUCUUCAGAAGCAUGGGACUGGUGGGAACUGGAUUGCUUUACCCCAGAAAGCAGGCCUCAAACGUUGCGGCAAGAGUUGCCGCCUCCGAUGGCUCAAUUAUCUCCGGCCAGACAUCAAGCACGGCGGUUUCACUGAGGAAGAAGACAACAUCAUUUGCACUCUCUACAACAAAAUUGGAAGCAGGUGGUCUGUUAUUGCUUCCCAGUUGCCAGGAAGAACGGACAAUGAUGUCAAGAAUUAUUGGAAUACUAAGCUCAAGAAGAAGAUGAUGGCUAGCAACGUCACCUCCACCUCAACACCACCAUCCCAACCUAGUGUCCUCCCGGCCAUCAAGACUGAGGACCAUGGCAGCGGCGCUGACUCUUCGAAAAGCCUCGGGACAGACUAUGGCUUCACUUAUGACUCCCAGAAGUUGUACACAGAGAUCACACAGUUCUCCAUGAUGGGCCUGAUGGAGCAGCCUGAUUUCAGUGGGAGCGCGAUCAUAUCACCACCACCAGAAGAUAUCUCGAUAGCUUCAUCGUCUAUCACGGUCGACAGCAACAGUGGCAAUGGCUACAUUAAUUGGUCCACCGAUGGAGUUGUUGGUGAUGAUGCACUCCUCUUUGGUGACUUUUUUGGUGGCUAUGGCUUCCAAGAGGGGAUGGGAGUGGUGUCCCCAUGCUAUUAUUCAAACUUAAACAGCAUGUGAGAGCUUAUGAGAUCAAGCCACAACAGUUGUAUCAGGAUCACAUACUCAUAGCCAAGCCAUAGGAUAGAGGAAGCCAGUUAGAAAGAUCACAGAAGUAAUAGAAUUGGCAUGCUGGAAACCUUGAUGUAGAUGAAGACAAAAGGAUUGGAUUUUAGAUGAGCUUGACAUCUAACUCUUGUUCUUGGUGUUACCAUUUCAAUUCUCUAUAAUUAAUUAACUUCUAUAAUGUCUACAUUUGAGACCUUGUCUGCAUCCUGGUCUUCUGGGCCCUUGCAAUGAAAUGUACGUGAGUGAGCCUAUGGUCAGCAGGACUGCUAACCUCUGGCCACUGCUCAGAGGUCACGAAACUUGCAUGGAUAGUGGAAUGGCCGGUUCAAAAGCUUAGGAAAGAAAGGAAACGUAGCCAUCAGACGUUUUCAAAGCUCCCCCAAGAUUCCCUCUUCCAUUUUACUUUAUAUUUGCCACUUGGUUUGUCACUUUAUUUAAAUAUCAGUAAUAUAACGGGGCUAUAUGUACUUCUUAUUUAUUUAUUUAUUUUAUCUCUUGCUGGUCUUAGCUUUCUUUCAUGGAAGGACAACGUGGAUGCUGGAAUAUGUCAAAGCAUCACCUUCACAGAACCUUCGGUCAAGCUUGUCAAAUUAAAUUAUUCAUUUCUCGGAGGUGGUCAAUUCUUAUAGAGUCUAUAUAUAUCCCCAAGUUUGGUA